GGAGUGACAGAGGGAGGCUGACAUGCCACAGGGUUGCAUUAGAGCCAGCCAGGAAGAAGGGCAGGGAGAAGAAAGCUCAAAUCCCUUUGCAAGAUUCAGGUGGUUUCCUCUUCUGCAUCUCUGUGCAUCUAGAUCCAUUUUAAACAUUUUUUAACACUGAGUCCUCCUAGAAGAUGGUAAAUGACAGAUGGAAAGCCAUGGGUGGAGCCCCUCAACUUGAAGACGGACAGCAGGAGAAAUCCCAGCGUGUGAGCUGCGGGUACAUCCUGUGCACCGUGCUGCUCUCCGUCGCCGUCCUGCUGGCUGUGACCGUCACGGGGGCCAUCCUCUUCAUGAACCAUUACCACGCGCCGGGAACCGAGCCGCCGCCGGUCAUCAGCACCAACCCCGACGAAGACAACAGCGCGCUGGUCACCAUCGAGAAGGCCGACAGCUCCCGCAUCAACAUCUUCAUCGACCCGCGCUGCCCAGACCACGCCGAAUUUGCCCGCCUCGAGGGGGCCCAGGCCUCUGCCCGGGCCCUCACGGACCGCGUGGAGCUCAGGGCUGCCGGCGGUCGGGAGCAGGCCCUGCUGGCCACGCUGGCCGACGAGGUGCCCAAGCUCCUGGGAGCCGAGCCCAGGAGGACUGGGGCCUCGGAGGGCCAUGGCACUCCGGGCCAGGGGCUGAAGCCUGACGAGCAGGGCCGGGUGCUACAGCUCCUGUCCGAGAGCCAGAGCAACAUGGCCCACCUGGUGAGCUCCGUCAGUGACGUCCUGGACACUCUGCAGAAAGACCGCGGGGCGCCGCGUCCUCGAAUCAAGGCUGACCUGCAGAAAGUCCCUUCCAGGGGAGCGAGGCCGAGGGGCUGUUCCAAUGGCUCCCGCCCAAGAGAUUGUCUGGACAUCUAUGCCAGUGGUCAGCAGGAAGAUGGGAUUUAUUCUGUUUUCCCCACUCAUUACCCCUCAGGCUUCCAGGUCUACUGUGACAUGAGUACUGAUGGAGGAGGAUGGACGGUCUUUCAGCGUCGGGAGGAUGGUUCCGUCAACUUCUUCCGAGGCUGGGAGGCCUACAGGGAUGGCUUCGGCAAACUCACAGGAGAACACUGGUUAGGGCUCAAAAGGAUUCAUGCUCUGACCAUGCAGGCCACCUAUGAGCUCCACAUAGACUUGGAGGACUUUGACAAUGGCACAGCCUAUGCCCACUACGGAAACUUUGCUGUGGGAUUGUUCUCUGUGGAUCCAGAGGAAGAUGGCUACCCAAUCACCAUCGCUGAUUACUCUGGCACUGCAGGUGAUUCCUUCCUGAAACACAAUGGUAUGAAGUUCACCACCAAGGACCAGGACAACGAUCACUCAGAGAAUAACUGUGCUGCUUUCUACCAUGGGGCCUGGUGGUACCGCAACUGCCACACCUCCAACCUCAACGGUCAGUACCUCAGGGGUCACCACUCUUCCUAUGCAGAUGGCAUCGAGUGGUCAUCCUGGACGGGAUGGCAGUAUUCGCUCAAAUUCACUGAGAUGAAGAUCCGACCAGUCAGAGAGGAAAAUUAGGACUUCCAGCUCCGGCCCUAUCCUCCCUCAGCUCCCUCUUUCUUCUUCUGCCCUUGCUACUCUGCCUUCCAUUUUCUCCCCCAACUCUUGUGUUGUUUUGUCCAUGAGUCAGGGUGAACUGUCCUCCCAAUGGUGAUGAUACUGUGAUACACAGUGGUCCCUGCAGGCAAAGAGUUGAGAAAAGCCAGAAACAAAGACUUUUUCAGUUUCAGAACUCUAAAACUUUCCUCUGUAUCAGCUGGUGGGAGGUAAAUUUUGGA